AUGAUCAGACAGAGGCGAAUGGCCGAACUGCAGGCGCAGGCUGCCGCACGCGGCGGUGCCCCUGGUGGAGGCGGCGCUGGACCCAACCCCCAGGAGCAAGAGGCUCGACAAAGGGAGAUGGAAGAACGCAGACGCCAAAUCCUUGCCCAAAUCCUUACUGCUGAGGCCCGAGAAAGAAUGGCGCGCAUCAGCCUGGUGAAGCCCGAGAAGGCCCGCCAAGUUGAGGACAUGAUCAUUGGCGCUGCCCAGUCGGGUCAGCUCGGAGGCAAGGUCAACGAGGCCAACCUCAUCAGCCUCUUGGAUCAGAUCAGCGAGAAGCAGCAGCACACCAAGAUCACGUAUCAAAGGAGGAAGUGGGACUCAGACGAGUGA